CACACAAGCUAGCUAGCUCUCCGCACUGACUCUGUCUCACGCAAACACACUUCCAGCCAGGCGAACACACACACACACAUACAGGGAGACGCUCACGCGCACGUUAUAACCGUUUAAACCGUUGGACCCCGCGUGCUGCGGGCGCGCGCCGUGUCCGGACCUGGAUUUGGAUCGGAACCGCGGCUCGGGUGUGUACAGUGUGGUGUGUGUAGAGCAGCAGCAGUAGCAGCAUGUCGGAGCGCGGAGGAGGAGGAGGAGGAGGGCUGCCGAGGAGCGGAGGAGCGCCGUGCCCGUCGCCGCAGCCCUCCAAGCCGGUGGCGAUCAGCUCCUCCAGCCGGCCCGUGCACAUGAACCUGUACGCCACCUGGGAGGUGGACCGAUCCUCUCCGAGCUGCGUGCCCAGGCUCUUUAAUCUGACACUGAAGAAGCUGGUCAUGCUGAAGGAGCUGGAUAAAGAUCUGACGUCGGUGGUCAUCGCUGUUAAACUCCAGGGGUCGAAGAGAAUUCUCCGCUCCAAUGAGAUCUUAUUGUCCUCAGCCGGACUGACGGAGACAGACUUGCAGCUCACGUUCUCUCUGCAGUAUCCUCACUUCCUCAAGCGUGAUGCCAACAAACUCCAGAUCAUGCUGCAGAGGAGGAAACGCUACAAGAACCGAACCAUCCUGGGAUACAAGACCCUCGCACUGGGACUCAUCAACAUGGCCGAGGUGAUGCAACACCCCAGUGACGGAGCGCAGGUUCUGGGUUUACACAGUCAGCUGAAGGACGCCUCUGUCCCUGUGGCUGAGGUGCGAGUUUACUCUCUCUCCAGUCAACCCAUCGACCACGAGGGUCCCAAAGCCAAGAUGAACGAUCGUUCUCCAGACAUCGACAACUACUCAGAGGAGGAGGAAGAGAGUUACUCAUCAGAGCAGGAGGGGAGCGACGACCCUGUUCAUGGACAGUAUCUCUAUGACGAGGACGACGAGGUGAGGAAGAAGAAACCCAGACGUAAACUGACUUCUGGGGCCGCCAUCACUCGAGUAAGCACUCAUGUACAUCAACCCAACAUCAAGCAGAAGUUUGUGGCCCUGCUGAAGAGGUUUAAAGUUUCAGAUGAGGUCGGUUUCGGGUUGGAGCACGUCUCAAGGGAGCAGAUCCAGGAAGUGGAGGAGGACCUGGACGAGCUCUAUGACAGUCUGGAGAUGUACAACCCGAGUGACAGCGGUCCGGAGAUGGACGAGACGGACAGCAUCCUGAGCACACCCAAACCUAAACUUAGGCCAUUCUUCGAGGGAAUGUCGCAGUCCAGCUCACAGACGGAAAUCGGCAGCCUGAACAGCAAAGGAAGUCUGACCCGAGAAAUCUUCAGCCCGGGGGAGCAGCCUCCCUCAGACAAGAUGAAACACUCGCGCAGUCGCAACCUGGACGAGACGACGAACGAGCCGGACGUCUCGGAGGUAAAUGACCAGGACCAGUUCCCCGAGAUGGCGCCCUCCAUUACUGUGUCUGUAGCUGAGAAACCACGUACACCACUGAAGACCAGCAAGAGUGAGGGGCAAACCAUGCCUUCUCCUAGGUUGGAUGGGACACACACCCCUAGGCAGAAACGCAGCACUCCAAUGAAAGAGCGUCAGCUCUCUAAACCGCUGAGCGAACGAACAAACAGCUCGGAUAGCGAGAGGUCGCCUGAGCUAGGACACAGUACACAGGUCCUAAGGAAAGCUGUGUAUGAUCAGUUGAAUCAGAUUUUGUUGUCUGAUGCGGCGUUACCGGAGAGCCUCAUCCUCGUUAAUGGCACAGACUGGCAAGGCCAGUAUGUAGCAGAGCAGUUACAGGUUCAGAAGCAGCCGGUGGUGUGCACGUGUUCCUCAGCCGAAAUCCAGGCCGUUCUCUUAGCCGUGCUGACGCGCAUCCAGAAGUUCUGUAACUGUAACUCGUCCAUGCCGCGGCCGGUGAAGGUGGCAGUAGUGGGAGCUCAGAAUUACCUGGGUGCCAUUCUGCAGUUCUUCGUCAGUCAGUUGGCCAAUAAGACGUCUGAUUGGCUGAACCACAUGCGCUUCCUGGUGGUUCCUCUGGGUUCUCACCCCGUUGCUAAGCACCUGGGUGCCCUUGACAACCGCUACAGUUCAGUUUUCCUCGAUGGAGCGUGGCGAGAGCUGUUCAGUCGGCCAGAACCCCCACAGUCAGAAAUGUUGGACGUAGCAGGUCGUAUCGCUCAGUACAUCAGCGGAGCGUCUCUGACCCAUCAGCUCCCUAUCGCAGAGGCCAUGCUGACCUGCAAACACAGGACGCGGGAGGAGGAUUCCUAUCAGAAGUUCAUCCCGUUUAUAGGCGUUGUGAAAGUGGGACUGAUUGAGCCGUGCCAGUUGUCUACGGGUGAUGCUGAAGAAGGCGGGUCUGUGAGUUUGGCCGUCCCCUCUACUUCCCCGCCCACUCACAGCUCUCCGGCCAGUCUUAAAGAGAUGGCCACGCCCCCGUCCUCACCUUCUAUGGGUGCUGUUUUAGCUGUACAGGGGAGCCCCAGCAUGUCUCACGGCGUGGACGCCAUCGGUCUGCAGGUGGACUACUGGCUGGCGUCUCUGGCCGAGAAGCGGCGCGAGGGCGAGAGGAGAGACACGGGCUGUAAGAACACGCUGAAGAGCGUCUUUAGGUCCCUGCAGGUCAGCCGUCUGCCCGGAGCCAGCGCCAGCGAAACCCUUGUGCCCGUCAACACCAUGUCCAUGACUGUGGUCACCAAAGAGAAAAACAAGAAAGUGCCGACCAUCUUCCUUGGGAAAAAGCCGAAAGAGAAGGAGGUGGACUCGAAAAGUCAGGUGAUCGAGGGCAUCAGCCGACUCAUCUGCUCAGCCAAGCAGCAGCAGACCAUACUUAAAGUGUCGAUCGAUGGUGUGGAAUGGCACGACGUGAAGUUCUUCCAGCUCGCGGCUCAGUGGCCGACACACGUGAAGUACCUCCCAGUCGGACUGUUUGGUUACAGCAAACCGCCCUCCUAGGAACCGUCCACUCACCCUCUAGCUCCGCCCCUUCACCCCGCCGCAGCAGUCACCUCAUUGCACACGGCUGGAGCAGGGCUGUAGGAGGGAACUUGUCUGACUCUUCAUAUCGUUUCAGAGAGGAGGUGUGGGCUGGCGUGAGGGAGGCGCGGGUCUCGAUCAGACAGACUUUAUAUGGCGCUAGUCACUUUUAUUUCCGGAAAGGUCCUCAAGCACCAGUAGUGUGGGACGAGCACAAUAUGGCAGAAGCCUCCGGUCUGCCAGCAAUCAUCUACUCGUUACAGAGCAUGACGAAAAUAGAGAAUUCCAAAUCAUGACCCAUUACGUGACCUUUGACCUAAACGAUCGGCCCCGGUGUCAGAGUUUUAACAGAACCAGCAAACGGCGUUAAGCUCUGAUCUGCAUGUUUUAGACUACAUCCCCCACAAUCCACUAGGAGAAUGAGUGUUCUUAUGCAACCUGUGUACGUGGUGCAUGUGUUAGGCUCCAGUUAGCCACUCGACGCUAUGCCUUUUUCACAUCAGUUCAGUCUAGAAGCUUAGGAUUAGCAGUGAAGUGGGUGCUGUGUUCAUGGACUCUGUGAGUUUUUACUUUUUUUGUACAUACAGUAGGCUUUUACGUCGCAGCCAUUUUUAGUUCCUAUGAGUAAUUACAAAAAGUGGCCUUUUUUUAAAAACAUGUAGCUCACUUAAGAGUUUUAUUUUAUUUAUUUCACGCUUCCUUUACGAGCCAUUUCUCCAAAGAUCACUCUGGCCAAUCCGAAUGUAAACCGUCAAGUAACCCCGAAUGUAAAAGGGUCAUGCACAUUAUUCAUCUCUGGUUAAAAACGCUACAUUACAAGGGAAACCACGCUCAUCUUCGCAUUCAUCAUAACAGAUUAGUGGCGUUAAGAAUUAAAGCAUAGCUUGCUUCAAACUGUCUGUCAGCCAGCGCUGUCAUCGUGAGCAUCUUCUGCAGAUUUUGCCACUUUUUAGCCGGGCUGGGUCCCUGUCGGUCGUUCGUCGAAAGCUAUGCACUUUCUUUAAUACACGUUCAGCUGUGAAGCACAACGCUGGAGGUUUACCGACCCCUUUAAAGCGAACGCUGAAUGAACAUCAAUCAUUUAUACUUUACAUUUCACGCACACACCAUGUGAUUCUGCAUCGUGGACAUCUACAGGACAUUAAUUUGGAAGUGGAGUAGAGUGAGUGAGUGAUCACGUGACAUCUUGGGUGGAGUUUAGAAGACAAAUGAUUAAAUGUGUUGUUAAAAGGUGAAGUAGAUGAUAUUCUUUCACGUUUAUGUAUUUAUAGGAAGAUUUU